AUGUUUUCUAUCUCACUUGCGCUGGUUAUUCGUUUUCUGACGAUUGUCGCGAUUGUUUCUACUACAACCGCUCAUUCUCAUGUUAAUGUUAAUGCAUGGAAUGAUCGUUUGGCACUUGCUGAUGAUCAAGUGAUUGAUUUCGAGGUGAUUGGAGGCAUUGCUGAAAACAAUUCCUUAUCUGCUUGUUGGGCAAAUACGUUUCUCCUCAAUCAUACUCUUGGAUCUCUGAGAAGUGGCAACAUUCUACUCAUACCAGUAAAUCGAACGUUUUGGCUGAUGGGUGGUCUCUAUGCUCGUGGUCUCUCCUAUGUAACCAUUCAGAUUGAUGGUAUUCUUAAAUUUUCUGACAAUAUAUUCGAAUGGCCACGGGAUCCUCACACAAAUCAAGUUCUUAACUGUUUCUAUUUUGAACAAUUGGAUCAUGUAACGUUCACCAGUUCGCAAUCUUCACCUAACAAAGGAAUCAUUGAUGGUUCGGGUCAUUUGUGGUGGGGUGUGGUUCAGUAUGUGAUCAUUCGUGGAAAUCGUCCGCAAUUAUUAUGGAUCUAUAACUCCACUAAUCUUUUGAUCGAAAAUAUACUAUUAAAAAAUCCUCCCAAAUGGACAUUUUAUGGUCAGGAUGUUGCCAACGUAGAAAUUCGCUAUACUGAUAUAGAUACGCACCGGCAUCCAGAUAUUCACUGGCACGAUCUCUACGAAUUAACUGCUUUUAAUACAGAUGGAUUUGAUGUUUCUGGUAAGAACAUCUGGAUUCAUGAUUGCAAUAUUUGGAAUGAUGAUGAUUGUAUUGCGGUGAAACAACAAGACUCAAGUAGUAUUCAUUCCUCUUGUAGUGAAAACAUGCUAUUUGAACGUAUAAACGCCUCAGGUGUGGGUUUGACAAUCGGUUCUGUCGGUCCUUCUGGAGCCCAUUCGUGUGUUCGUAAUAUUACCUUUCGCAAUUGCACCAUGUAUAACACUUUUAAAGGAAUUUAUUUAAAAUCACGUCCAGGAAACGAAGGACAUACUGGUGAAAUAAGUGAUAUUCUAUAUGAAAAUAUCCAAAUUUAUAAUGCUUCUCAAUGGGCGAUUUGGAUUGGACCACAACAAGCUGCAUUCAAGGGAGCUUGUUCGCUUUUAUGGCCGUUUAUACCAGAAGCUUCCUGUCCUAUUCCAUCCGGUAUUACUUGGAAUAAUAUUAUUUUGCGAAAUAUCACUCUCAAUGAUCCUCAACUAAGCCCUGGUGUAAUAAUUGGUAAUUCAUCCAAUCCUAUGCUGAAUGUAUUGUUCGAUAAUGUGCUCGUUAAGAAUCCUGGCUCUUACCCAUGGGGCAACAAAUAUUAUGCAUGCUAUGGUGUACAGGGAACAGCCAAAGGCGACACACAACCACCACCUCCAUGCUUCAAACACGAACCAUUUCAGGAUAAAAUCGAUCUAGCAUCUUUUGCUGUCGAAAACGACACGAUAAAUCAAUGA